AUGUCCCUCCUCAGGCAUCUGGCACUAAUUGCCACUAUUCUAGCCACCAUCCUCAACAUCUACAUUUACACAUACCCCAGCCUGGAUAGCAACAACUGCGACUGGCAGUACACAUACUACAAUGAGGAAGACCUCUCGCCCCUCCAGCACACCCUCCUUGGCCUGCCGUACAUUGGCGACAUCUACAAACACGUUUUUUUCAAGGAAGACCCCAGGCUGUUUCCCGAACCUAUGGACUUGCGAAUAAUGGCCAUAGGAGACCCCCAGAUCAACGGAAACUGGCCUUCAACACGCUACAUAAAGAGACUCGACAACUACGCGAACGACUGGUACAUCGGGCACGUCUUCCGGACCAUGAAACCGCGGCUUAAUCCACAAAUCGUGGCUGUAAUGGGUGACAUGUUCUCAUCUCAGUGGAUUAGUGAUUCCGAGUUUUACAACCGGACAAAACGGAUGAUAACCAGACUCUUCCCACGGCCAGAGGCCCAGACCGCGGCUGAGCUCGGGUUUAUCGGCCGGCAUGCUGAUGUGGACUGGCGUGCACACUACCGGUGGUUCAACCAGGCUUUAAAUGAAGGCUUGUUCAAAAACUCCUCCUCCUACAGCUACUCGGAAGUUCGGGACUGGACCUCGGCCAACAUCACGGAAGAACCGUUGUUUAUCAACAUCACCGGCAACCACGACAUCGGCUACGGAGACACCACCUACCAGCAUAUGUGUCGGUGGAGAAAACUUUUCGGAAAAGACAACUUCUGGAUCGAGUAUGCCAAAAACACGGACCACGCUUGGAGAAUAGUCGUGUUGAACUCUUUGGCUUUGGACGGCCCGCUCUUGCAGCCCGAGUUCGAACGCUACGACUGGCAGUUCAUCGACACGCUUGCCCAAACCCCAUAUAACGGUACCACAAUCCUCAUGACGCACAUCCCCAUGUACAAAAAAGAGGGUUUGUGUGCCGACGGGCCGUUUGUCGACCACUUCAACAAGUCCAACUGCCCGCCAAAGGCCAACUGCAAGAUCGGGCUUCUCAAGUCCGAAAACCAUCUUCAGUACGCUACUUCGCAGCGUGUUUUGAACGCUGUCUUUGCCAACAGCUCUGGAAUCAUCAUGACAGGUCAUGACCAUGUUGGAUGCGUCAACUACUACAACUACGACCCGGAGACUUCCACUUGGGAGGCUUCCAAGAGCGUCACCUCGGAAAAACACGUCACGGAGUUGACCGUGAGGUCUGUUAUGGGUGAGUUUGAGGGAAAUAUCGGCAUUGUGACCGGCCAUUUCGACAGAAACGCUCACAACUGGGACUUUCACUACUCCACGUGCUCUUUUUCCAUCCAGCAUGUCUGGUGGGCAGCCAAAUUGAGUCUAGCCUUGGCUGUUCUUCUUGACACGUUGUUGGUGAUUCGCUGA